AUGUGGGUGAGAAACCCAAAUCAGAAAAGCUCAGCAAGCCAAUGGCUCAACGGUUCUCACUACCCUCCUCUGGCGCAAACACCGUUUGCUGCGCUGCGCUCAUCACGAGAAGCCGGGGAACUCUCUUGGGUGGACUUCAAGCGCGAUGAUAGUCAGUCUGAAGUUUUCUACUAUUCCAUCUUUAUUAGUUCAAAGACCGGGCUUGGGGAACCUUUCGUAUGCGCCUAUUGGAAGAUUUGGGCUACCUCCUCUCUUUCCGAUCUCAUUCAGAUAAUAAGCCAGUCCGGUUUAUUAGAUAGUGACUGGGUAAGAGAGGUGCUUGGUCUGUCUCCGAAUGUGGGCCUAGAAGCAUUAGCCGAGUCUCUGAAUAUUCCCGAGGGUUCUCAGGAUAAAGACAGCCUUAAGGUGCUAACGGAGCUUCCACGGUCUCAGUCCAUGAAGGUGCUUACUUUAUUGGUUGGCAGCUUGGUUAUAGUCAUUAUGAAGAAUGAAGGAGCGACGAAGGAGCUCACUUCCACGACAUGGGAAAGGAUCAUGGGAUGA